CGGCCGUCAAUCUCCGUUAGACUUCAUUAACUCCGUCAGUUUUUUAAUGACGUGUCAAUUUAAAAAAAAAUAAUAAAAAAAUGAAAAAUGCAAAGUACUCUCUCUAAAUAUAACUUGUGCGAAGAUUCAUGACCCACCUAAUAAAAUUAUUUCAUAGUAAAUCAGUAUAUUCAUCCAUGAGAACAAACGACAUCAAUAGCUAGUUCUGAAUUAACCAUUGCAGCUCCCUACGUAAAGAGGAAAUCAAAAUCAGAGAAAAGAGAAGAUUUACGAACUUCAAGAUUUUUGCCCUGAACGAUUAGAUUGACGGAAGAGAAGGGACUAGCCCAAGACAUCAACGACGAGCACGCUUGCCGUGGCGUUUCCUCGUCCACCGAAUCUGGUCGAAUCACACAUUGCUACCGGGAACGGAGAGAAUCGACGGAGCGAGCAGCAGGGAGAAGAUUGGAGUAUCCGAUGGGGAGGCAAGAGAAGGAUAAAGGAGCCAACGAAGGAUGAACGAAAAGGAAAUCACUGACGCCAUUAGAGAGGGCCGAUUUCAAGUUUCGUCCUUCUCCGAUUCCAAACUCCCGCCGAAGCUUCGGGGUUUCGUCGAGACAUAUUGAGUGUAGGAAUUUAUUGAUUUCAAGCUCUGGGCUUUGCCGACGAAGAAGAGAGAGGAAGGGAUCUCUGGGCUGGGCUAUUUCCGGUACAGUGGAGCGGAUCUAUGGGCUAGGCAAUUUCCGGCGAAGGCGUCAAUUUACAGCCGCCAUCUGGGUUCUUUUAUCUGUGACAUUAUUGUCAAGCAAUGUGGAUACGGCGGCGUCGAGAUCCAAUUGGUGGAGCUACCAUUGACUUACCAUACAGGUUCACCGGUGCGGCUUCGUCUUCUUCCUUGUAGAAUCACCCCUGCAUAAACUGAUCUCCCAAUAACCAAAAACUAAAUGAUAACUCUUCACCCCCAAAACAAAAUGGAAACCGGAGAUCGAAUUCGCCAGUACUGGUAAAUGUCAAUUUUUAUUUUCGAGCCCACAAUCAAGUAAUCAACCAAUUGAACAAGCAAAUGAAUCCAAUAUUUUUAUGGUCGCUGCACAUGGCCGAAUCGAUGAGAAAGAGUUUCCAAUCCGUCGCCGGUUCCCAGAUCGAAGAGGAAAGCGAGGGAUUGAGGAACACCGACGAGGGCUCGGCAGAAGCAGCUUGUGAAAUGCGAGUAAGAGGAUAAGAUAUUAAUUAAUAAUUUUUUUUGUUUUUGUAAAUUGACAUGUCAUUAGGUCAACUGUCCAGUCAGCAGUUCUGUUUGCCACGUCAUAAAAAAACUGACGGAGUUAACGGAGUUUGACGGAGACUAACGGCCAGUGACUAAUGGUGAAACGAUUCGUAAAGUUAGUGGCGAAUAAGAAAGAAAAGUAAUUUGGGUGGCAAACGUGAAAGAUUUAUAUAAUUCGAGUGACCAAUCGUGUAAUUUAGCCCGAUUUAACUAACAAUUCUAACAAACAUGAUGAUCUUCACCGAACAAUAAUCUUACUUUACUUUGUCUAAUUUAUGUUCGUUAGAUAGAACUAAUAUAAUAUUUCGACUUCAACAAAAUUGUUAAAUUAGUAUCUCAAACACACAUUGUACAUCUUUUUACUACUUUGUGCAAUAUAUAGACAUCAUAGUUUAGUGACAAUUUAGACAUCAACCAUGAAAUUACCUUUUCCUUAACUCAAUCCAUGUAAGGAUGAGAACAAAAAACUGUGAUAGCUUUGUAUUUUUCAGUUCAUAUGUUCCUUGUUUGCAGUGUUAUGUUGGUGAUUAUGACAUAUGAUUGGUUUCACUAAACCGGAUAGAAAAAUUAUUUCUUCUUGGUGAUAAAUGGUAAUCGAGGUGAAUAUACCAACAAUUGAUGAAUUCAAACCCUAAAUCUCAUUCUUAUCUUUAAUCAUCUGAUUACCCUAAACAUAUGCUUGCACGGUUUUGGUCUUACUCAAUGGCCAUUCUAUUCUUUUGCUGAACUAUAAUCCCUGCCAAAGAAUUCACAUUGUUUACCACAUGGUAACGAUAAGAAGGGAUUUUCCUUUGUUCUCACAAUCUCAUUUAUUAGUCCACAACGAUUCAUUUAUAUAUCUUAUAAUGCUUACUCUUAAAUUUGUAUUAAUGAAAUUCAUUUAUGCUCCUUUUGUUCUGCAGAUUAGAAAUCGUAAUAUACCAAAUGCUCUAUAUCAUAUUAAAAUUGCAUCACAACAACAGCUACAAAAAAAAAGUCAUACACAUUCUAAAUUUAUCUGACAAGAACCACCAUUCAUAUGACACGAACAUACUACUCCUAGUGGCGCCAACAACUCAUUACAAAACGUGGCUGAAAAUCACUUAUUGGUAGGUGGGAUUACCUAUAAAAUUUGGUAGUAAGUAACCUCUUUUCCAUCUUUGCCAACACAAGUGACCAACUCACUUGACCUCAAAUUUAAACUUGCAUUUCCAGGAAGAAAUAUCCAUUUCAGGCAGCCCAAACGUCUCUGCCAAACUCAGAAAUUCUGCACCCAUCAAAAUGGGGAUUUGUGGGUUUGGUAAUUGGUGAGAGGAGAAGAAGAAAGUAAAGUGGGUUCACAUCAUAUGAUGGAGUAUAAUAGCCGUUUGCCUCAACUAAUUCCUCUCCCAUUUGGGUGCAAACUUGGAACCAAUUACUUGCCAUUUUGGAAGAAUGUGAAGAUCCCACAUUCCAACAUCCUUCUUCUUGAGCCUGCACAAUAAGGAGAUGCCAUUGCCAUUGAUGGCAUAAUUUGAAUUAGUCUUUGCAUUUUUGGACUGAUGCAAAUCAAUGAGAAGAUGUCUCCCAUUUGGGUAUAAUUGAUAAGAGAGAGUAUUGAGUAGCUUAAAAUAGUAUAGAUUUAUCUCAUUCAAAUCAAUUUGAAUCACGAACAUAUGGAACAAACUCUUGGUAUCAUAAGUUCUUUUGCUUCUUCUAAUGAUUGCAGAUCACAAUGCUUAUGUUCAUGACUAUUCCGAUCUUUUAAACUAUCAACAAAUCAAUUCAUAAAUUAUAAAAUCGAUUAGCUAAUAAGUCACCAGUCAAGCUGACCCGCUAACCAUCUCAACGAACCAUCCCAACGAACCACCAUGUUAAACUGGCUCGCUAGCGGUAUAAGUCUUAACUCAAAUCCAACUCGAUAUAAAUUUACAAAACUUAAAAAAAGAAAAUUCAAGUCGAAUGGUGAGCCUUUGCACUUUGCAGCCUACUCAAGUGCAGCUUCUGGUGAGCAGUUUAACUUUGAGAAAUGACUCACCGUGCACUUUUCCACUUACCUUUUGGGUCUCACUGUCUUGGGCUCAGAAGGCCAAGUCCAAUGACACACAACUUAGGAUCGGGAUCGCGAUCUUUAUGGUUUGUCUUCUUCCUCACGUAUGAGGCCCAACUCAACUGAGUAUAUGCCACGUGUGAAUAUCACAGAAAAGGAACAGUGUGAUGAGAUGAGAUGAGAUGAGAGAGAGAGAGAGAGAGAGAGAGAGAGAGAGAGAUUGGCUCGGUGGUGGUCUGGUGGAGUGAAAAAAUAGAACAACAAAUGGAAGGCAACUAGAACAACACCACCACCAUACCAGGGGGAAAGGAAGCAAGCAACAAUCCAAAACACCAUUGAACAACUUCCCCGGCAAACUAAAGUGAUCUUCCUUCUCCCUCCUGGUCUUCUGUUUCAUCUGUCUCCCCAAUUCCUCCCCUUCAUUGAAAUUCUCCUGUUUACCCCCACAUCUCCUUCUUCUUGCCCUCCCCUCCUUCCUUCCUCCCUUCCUUCGAUUCCAUCAACCCAAGUGACACCGUUUCUUCUUCACCCAUCUGCAGGAUUUCCUGUCUUCUCCAAUAUUUUAGUCUUUCUUCAAUAGCAGCAGGACUUACGGUCUCAAGAGGUUUCCAAAAGGGAGUCAGAAAAGGGUAAUCCUUUUAGGGGAAAUAUAAGAUCCAAAAGUCGUGGCUUUUUGAAUCUUCUCUUCAUGGAGCAGCUCGUCAACUUUAUCAUACGCCCGCCCAGAGCUGAAUACAGUCCCAAACAUGAUUUGUUGGAGCCGGAGUUCAUGCUGGGAGGGAAACUAUACCAGCGAAAGGAUGUUGAGAUUAAGAACAACAGAGGAUACAUUCUUCAGUGCAGUCAUUAUGUCCCCAUCGUGAGUCCCGAAGGAAAGCCACUGCCCUGCGUAAUUUAUUGCCAUGGAAACAGUGGGUGCAGGGCUGAUGCUAGUGAAGCUGCUAUCAUACUCUUGCCUUCAAAUAUCACGGUUUUCACUCUUGAUUUCGCUGGAUCUGGACUAUCUGAUGGAGAUCAUGUUACCCUGGGAUGGUAUGAAAAAGAUGACCUGAAGUCAGUUGUUGAUUACUUGAGACAAGAUGGAAAUGUCUCUUUGAUUGGGUUAUGGGGCCGAUCAAUGGGUGCUGUCACCAGCCUAAUGUAUGGUGCACAAGAUCCUUCAAUUGCCGGAAUGGUGCUGGACAGUCCCUUUUCUGAUUUGGUUGAUUUGAUGAUGGAACUCGUGGACACCUAUAAAUUCCGUUUUCCAAGAUUCACUGUGAAAUUUGCUAUCCAGUACAUGAGGAAAGCGAUCCAGAAGAAAGCAAAGUUUGACAUAACGGAUCUCAACACUAUUAAGGUAGCCAAGUCUUGCUUCGUUCCAGCUUUAUUUGGGCAUGCAAUUCAGGAUGAUUUCAUACAGCCUCAUCAUUCUGAUCGUAUAUAUGAAGCGUACAUGGGAGACAAGAAUAUCAUCAAAUUUGAAGGAGAUCACAAUUCUCCACGACCACAGUUUUAUUUUGAUUCGAUAAACAUAUUUUUCCACAAUGUGUUGCAACCUCCUGACGAUGAGAUUGCAGGACCUUAUUUUGAUACAAUGAUCAAUUACUUUGGUAAGCAUAGUCGGAAAAGUCACCACGGCGUAAGCCAUACCCCAGAAUCUUCGGUUUCACCUAAAGUGGCAGGAUCGUCGACAAACAGCAGCACAGAAGAUGCUAUCAAGCAAGUCCGACUGAGAAGACCUAUGAGUCGGAUUGAGGUUCCCUCGGAUAUUCCACCUACAGAAGACAAAUCCAAGAAUCAGGAUGGGGAAACUGACGAUAAUGAUCAUGUGCCAUCGUCGUCUUCUCAAAUGAUUAGCUUCAACUUGUCCUCCAAUGGCAAUCCAUAUGGCUCACAUGUUCCAACAGGGCCAGAUGAUGAUCAGUACGUAGAAUACCAACUGGAUGACUUGACAGGUGCCCCAUCUAAUGCGGAGGAGGAAGAAAGGAUGCUGAUGGAAGCAAUAAUCGCAUCAUUAAAGGACAUGGAUGUACCAGCAAGCUCCACAGGUACAGAAUCGUCACAAAGUACCGCAGUAACAGCUGCACCAGAUGUCCUGACUGGCGAUUCACAGGAGGAGAAGCUACAAGUGGUUUCAAAAGCGGCAGAAUCGACUUCCUCUUCUUCAUUGAGCAAUGGUGAAGCUUCGAGCGCAGAACACACAUCUUCCAUUGAGGAAUCAACGACGACAGCAACCAGACGUGGCGACACCUCAUCAACAGGCAGCAUUGUGGUGACCGACUUGUCAGCCUGUUCAGAAACAACAACCGAUGAUGAAAGACGAACGGGGAAGACGAACUUAUGAGGUUUCUGCUCCCCGGUUUGAAGUUGAAGAUUCAUUUGUUCUGUAAUUAAAGAUAGAAUCAGGGUGGUUUUUCCAGCAGAUUUGUGUAAAGAUACACUCUUGAGAAAGUGAAAAAAAGAAACAGAAGACGAGAAAGAUAGGUGUUUUUUUUACAAUGUUGUCCCAUUUUCCCCAUUUGAUGCUGAUCUUGGUUUCUGCUACAUCCCUUGAUUCCUCUGACGAGAAGGAAGAAGGAAGACAUUUGUAAUGAUUUACUCACUGUGGCCGUGUGGAGCUGUUUGAUUGAAUUUGUGCUUUGAUGAUCUUCUCUACUCCUUUUUCCCGUGGAUCAGAGUUGAGUUUUUUUUUUAAAACCGUUACAGGCGCCAAAAACAGUUACCUCGGGAUCGUAUCGGGAAACGGUCAAUUGGAGAUGCUUUUCUUGACAGGAAACUCUGUCAAAGGUUGCAACUUUUAAGGAUCUCAUAAUUCAUGUAGAAUGUGAUGCUAUCCUAUAUGCCAGUCCGGUAUUCCUGAUAAAUCAGACCCGCCUUUUAUCCUUGCUUCAAAUUGAGCUAAAUCAAUAAAACAAAGUUUUAAAA